AUGAAAUACACGAUUAAACAUUUAAACAAAUUUACAUUAAUCAUGGAUGAAGAAGAAGGGGAAGGAGGUGUAAAAGGAGAAGGAGAAGGGGAAAAUGAUAAAAAUAUAACUAUAAAAUUAAAAAAUUAUAAAUCAAAUCUCGUUUCGGGAUUAAAAGAUUUAUUAAGGGAUGAUUAUUUGAUCGAUGUAACCCUUUUGGCUGAGGGUCAACACAUUUAUGCUCAUAAAAUAAUACUGUCUUUAUUUAGCGUUUAUUUUAAGGACUUGUUUAAAGGUCUUCCGUGUAAACACACGAUUGUUGUUAUACGAAACGUCGGAUAUGAUCAACUUAAAAAUAUUAUUCGUUUCAUGUACGAAGGAAAAAUUAAUAUGAAAUCAAAAGAUUUGAAAUUUUUUUUUCAAUUGGCUCAAGUUAUCGGUUGA